GCUCCCUUAAGUAAUGUUUUUAGUGUAAUCAAUUAUAUAUUUGCUCAAGUUCAAGCAAAUGCUUAAGAAUUAAGAAAACUGAGCUAAUACUCAAAACUAAAUCAUUUUUCUAUUUUAUUGGUGCAAUUUUAUUUAGAUAUACUUUGAUUUCAUUAUUAUUUAACUUUAUUAUGUGAUUUAUCAUUUUUAAAAAUGGAAUUUAAAGUGGAUAAUUAAAUAGAUAGAAAUAUAUUUUCAAAUAAAAUAAGAGAGGUGAUUAAGAGAUGGGAACAAUUCUUUCAAAAGAAGAGGAGAUAAAAAAGGACAGAAUGA